AUGGAUCACCAGCGCCUUCCAAGACGAUGUGCCAGCCACGGCUCACUAGGUCGUGGGCACGCAUCAAAUCGAAGACCAGCACACAGCCUUUCGAUCCGCAGGCCACUGCACAAGCCCCUGCGUGCUGUCAACGAAAACUCAAUCCUGCUGCCGUCCCCUGGUGCCCUGGAGGGUAUGCUCAAGACAACCACCGAAACGGGAGACAUUGGCAUGUGGACAAUCAAACCUGUGCUGCCUUCCUCAAAGCGCAAGGAGUCCAUCUCGUAUAUGACCAGACCUCUCCCGUUCCAAGAGAAUUCAUUUCUCAACGACGGAGCCAAGUGGAACGAGACUCGUGGACUCAACAGGAGUCAGACAACAUCUGAAGCACAAUCUCUGUAUACGUCUGGAAGCCAAAAGUCGGUCAACAGCACGCUACCAUCAACCUCGACAGUCGAGCAUGGUCACCGAUCGUUUUCGAUGACUACUUGCGGCUCCAGGCACCUGCCUCAUCAAGCAUCAAGCCUCACAAUGAAAACGCAGGCCAGCAGCCUUCAGCUUCAACGGCCGAGAUCACCAUUUCCCUAUCCGACACGAUUGAGGCGGCCCGGUGUGCGACCGGCAUCACCCGCGCUCACGGAGACAGGCCUUGUUGACUACAGCCGCAUGGUCGAGAUUGACCGGAUCUCUUCCAGAACUGAACACGGCUCAUUUCGUUCCAUCGAUCCCACAAGAUCAUGCAACCGUGUACCACUUGGUCUCCGAACGGAGGUGAAUGGCUCUACUCCACCGCUCCAGGAUCGUGGCAUCUUCACGGACGAUCGUGCACUACGCGCCCCAUAUCCCCGAACCAUGUCUGCUGCCUCAAUUGCAUCUUGGAACGCUCGAAACCGCUUUCACACCCAACCGGUCGAGCCCAGAGCUUUCAGCUUGACCUCGGCAGCUCAAAUCCCCCCUCAUUUCGACCGCAAAGUCACGCCUGUAACUAGCCCACAGCCCACUUCGUCCACAGCGGAUGCUCGGUACUAUGAUUAUACCGAAGAUUUCGAGAAGAGAGAACCUGGCUCAGAGAGUGCUACUUCCCGCAGGUUGACCAAUUUUUACCCCGUGGGCCGCGAUGCGAGAGGAGUGCAGAGGCUGAGCGCUUAUGAGCUCGAUCAGGACACGGAAGAUCGACAGUCACACUUUUCCACUGCCAAAAGCCAGAUUCCCGGUUCCGAGAUACCAAAGCCUCUUGAUGAUGCCCCUAGUCAUACACACGCUCGGCCCGCCAGCUUGAGCUCUCUAGCGGAACAGGAUGACAACAAUGAACAAGGCAUGACUUGCAAAGGGUGGCACGCUAUGCCAAACACGCUCAGGCAAGAGCCUGUGUUUCGUGUCAAUGACAUCGAUCUACUUCCCUCGCAGCUCGCUCGCAGCUCGAUUGAUACAUUCGACCCCAACAUGGACAUGGACAGUAGAGACAUGCCACUUUUCAGUUAUUCGUGCUAUCGACCGUCCACCGUUCAACAAACACAUGCGUGUGCUCUAAGCCGCCAAGUCCAGGUCAGGACAAGAUCAACGCCCACAAUACACAACGAGCAAGGAGUUAUCGUCGGCGACGAGACCGGAGAAGAUUCUGAUUAUCAGGAUUCCACAGGAGAUGAUAGUGGUGCAGCACCUCUGAACUGCCAGACAAGCUCAGGGUAUAUGCUGAAGCCGCAGGUCACACCGGCGCUUCCCGACGGAGGCCCGAGCAGCGAUGCUCCUACCGGUGGUCAAAACGGUUACUCUGAGCUGACGACAGAGAGCCGACAAAGUCCCCGUGUGGUUGCCGCCAAUGUUGCGUCUCCCACAGAUCCAAUAAAUGUGAUGGGGCAAGGAGACCAGGGACUUUGCCCGGAAUCUACUGAGCGUCGCUGUCGCAUUCCGAGAAGCAUGACCGAACCGGGCCCGCUGAAUCACAAGGGUUCUAACGUAGUCCUUGCGGACGCCAUGGACUCUUCGACGGUACAUUCAGUUCUUGUUUCAACUUUUGGGCAUAAGCGAGGACGAGGCAAUUUCGCCAGAAUCAGUGAUCCCCUGCCGACAAAAGCUUGCAUAGAUGGUUCAGACUCAGUCAGUCUUUCGUGCACGCCGAUAGCGCUUGUUCAGCCAAAACCAAUUUCUGCUAGCCGUCAACUUAAGGUGAAGAACAGCAUACCACAUCUGAUGAAAGCCCUGCCUCCUGCCCCAGGGUGCGACCAAGCUAGCACAUCUCCAGAUCCGGCAUUCAGCGACAAUGGGGAGUCCUCAGAGGUUCUCAAGCCGUACAAGUGCACCUCCACAGUAGUAGCACGCUCCCAAGAUGGUCCAGAGCAAGACCCUGCCUCAAACCUGGGCAACAGUCAUGCUGGCCACCCACGAACAGGCCAUCCGAAGUUGAGAUUGAAGAUGAGACUGUCACCUACCCCUUCGGCAAUAGACAAUGGUAUGCCUGCAAACAGUUCCUCAUCACGAGCAGCCCACAAGCCGCCGCAGCGGUUGAGAUUGAGAUCCUCACCCAGCUCGCGAAAGUCGACAUCUCGAGAUGAUACGACCGAGCACGCUGCCAUUUCAGCUUAUGUUAUGCGACCUGCUCAGAUUUUGGGGAAUGGUCAACCAAAGGGGUCUGGUGACGGUAUACAGGUGCCAUUGACAAUAAAAGCGUCUCAAGAAGUUUACGAAAGGCCUGUGAAACAGAACGCAUGUCCAGGCACCGCAGAAAUCUGGGAUUCGGGAUCAGCAGUGCAUGACGCAUCUUUACCUAACAAGACCGCGCUCAAGCUCAAGAACCGGAUGUUGAGUGUGCUGCGCUGGCUGGACGAAACUCACGACCCACGAAGUUCUGAUAUCAUGACUGCAACAGAAAGCCUUCAAACAGAGCAAAGUCUUCGCUGCAAGAACGAGUCUGUCAAGAACCUGGGCAUCAACGGUGGGAUAUCGCAAGCUGGACCUCCAGACCUAAGAUGGCCGCACAAGAGUUUGAGAAAAGUGGUUCGAGCCAGGAUUGUCCGGCUGAUUGAAGAUGCUAAAGGAGCCGUGCGAGGCCGUAUCAAAAGACGAGCUUGCGAUGUGUGACUCAUGGUCACACGACGAGUCUCAGGCGACUCGGCCAUUCCUGCAAUUCAUGCCACAGAUCGUGCACACUGCACGAAUGUCAUAGGUACCUUUUUGGGCUGAAAGCUGCCGCCACGUACUAAUAUUAUGUCUAUGCGGGAUUGCGGCAGUCUGGAUUUUGGUAAUACGUGAGGAGAAACGUUGACUGGUGUGGAUGAGGCUGAGGCUGAGGUUGGGGAGUUACCUUGGGAACUGGUACGAUCCCGGGAAGAGGUACAAUGUAUCAUUGCUAAGAGCUGAUAGACUUUUCACUGCCAGUAAGCAUAAAUAGCAAAAUCAUCCUUGUCGUGGAACUACC